CCUUCUCUCAACUGUAUUUAAACCCUCUCUCAUCUCCUCCUUUCUUCUUCGACUCAGAGAGAGAGACCACAAAAUUAUAACACAGAUAUGACUUGUUCGUUUCUCUCCUCCACUGCUUUCUUCUUUCUCGUUCUUCUUUAUCUGGGUUUCUUCCACGUGUCAGAUGGAGCUCAACAAGGAACUUACAUCGUUCACAUGGAGAAAUCUGAGAUGCCGUCGAGCUUCGACCUCCACUCACUCUGGUACGAUUCCUCUCUCAGAUCCGUCUCAGAAUCCGCUGAGCUUCUCUACACUUACACCAACGCGAUUCACGGAUUCUCCACUCGGCUUACUCCAGAAGAAGCCGACUCGCUCAUGACUCAACCGGGUGUCAUCUCGGUUCUACCGGAGCACCGGUACGAGCUACACACCACUCGGACUCCACUCUUCCUCGGCCUCGACAUACACAACGCAGAUCUAUUCCCCGAAACAGGCGCCUCAAGCGACGUCGUCGUCGGAGUUCUCGACACCGGAGUCUGGCCUGAGAGCAAAAGCUUCUCCGACGAAGGAUUCGGUCCGAUUCCGUCUACCUGGAAAGGCGGCUGCGAGGUCGGGACUAAUUUCACCGCGUCGCUCUGCAACCGUAAACUAAUCGGAGCAAGAUUCUUCGCUCGAGGUUACGAAGCAACGAUGGGACCUGUGGACGAAUCCAAAGAAUCGAGAUCUCCUAGAGACGACGACGGUCACGGAACUCACACGUCAUCAACAGCAGCUGGAUCGGUAGUGGAAGGAGCUAGUCUUUUAGGCUUCGCUAAUGGCACUGCUCGUGGGAUGGCUCCACGCGCUCGCGUAGCUGUCUACAAAGUUUGUUGGCAAGGCGGUUGCUUCAGCUCAGAUAUUCUCGCGGCGAUCGAUAAAGCCAUCGACGAUAACGUCAACGUUCUCUCGAUGUCUCUCGGCGGUGGAAUGUCGGAUUAUUAUAGAGACGGCGUCGCGAUUGGAUCAUUCGCCGCCAUGGAAAGAGGGAUUUUGGUUUCUUGCUCUGCUGGUAAUGCUGGUCCCAGCUCCUUCAGUUUAUCCAACGUAGCUCCCUGGAUUACUACGGUCGGUGCUGGUACUAUAGAUCGUGAUUUUCCGGCGCUUGCGAUUCUCGGCAACGGGAAGAACUAUUCGGGAGUUUCGUUGUUUAAAGGAGAUGCUCUUCCUGCUAAACUGUUGCCGUUUGUUUACGCCGGGAAUGCUAGUAACGCUACUAAUGGGAAUCUUUGUAUGACCGGAACUCUGAUUCCAGAGAAAGUCAAGGGCAAAAUCGUCAUGUGCGACAGAGGAGUGAAUGCUAGGGUUCAGAAAGGUGAUGUGGUGAAAGCGGCUGGUGGGCUCGGAAUGAUUCUGGCGAAUACCGCGGCCAACGGAGAAGAGCUUGUGGCGGAUGCUCAUUUGUUACCCGCCACCACCGUGGGAGAGAAAGCCGGUGACAUUAUCCGGCACUACGUCUUGACCGAUCCGAAUCCCACCGCUACGAUUUUGAUCCAAGGGACUGUCGUCAACGUCCAGCCUUCUCCGGUGGUUGCAGCGUUUAGCUCCCGGGGGCCUAAUUCGAUUACGCCAAACAUACUCAAACCGGAUUUGAUUGCGCCGGGAGUCAAUAUCCUCGCCGGUUGGACCGGAGCUGAAGGACCUACCGGACUCGCUUCCGAUUCUCGCCGCGUGGAAUUCAACAUCAUCUCAGGGACGUCAAUGUCUUGCCCUCACGUGAGCGGUUUAGCGGCUCUUAUCAAGUCGGUGCAUCCGGAAUGGAGCCCGGCGGCGAUUAGAUCGGCUCUCAUGACCACCGCUUACAAAACCUACAAAGACGGGAAACCGAUCCUCGACAUCGCCACGGGGAAACCUUCAACGCCGUUCGAUCACGGUGCAGGACACGUGUCCCCGACAACCGCCAUCAAUCCAGGACUCAUCUACGAUCUGACGACGGCGGAUUACUUAGGUUUUCUCUGCGCGUUGAACUACACAUCGUCGCAGAUUAGAAGCGUGUCGAGACGCAAUUACACUUGCGAUCCGAGCAAAUCGUACUCCAUCGCUGAUCUGAACUAUCCGUCGUUUGCCCUUAACGUCGACGGAGCCGGCGCGUACAAGUACACGCGCACUGUUACGAGCGUGGGAGGAGCUGGGACCUACUCGGUUAAAAUAACUUCGGAGACGACAGCAGUCAAGAUUUCGGUUCAACCGGCGGUUUUGAAUUUCAAGGAAGCUAACGAGAAAAAAUCGUAUACGGUGACGUUUACCGUAGAUUCGUCUAAGGCGUCUGGAUCUAACAGCUUUGGGAGCAUCGAAUGGUCAGAUGGGAAACACGUGGUAGCAAGUCCCGUGGCCAUUAGUUGGACAUAGUGGGAUUUGGUGAAUUACGAGAAAUUCAAAGGGCUCUUAUGAAAAGAAGGUGUCACAGAUAUUUUGUAAUGCCGUUUUAAUAUAAGACCUCUGUUUAGCAAAAACGGCAUGCAUUCUAUUGAUGGCUUAUCUAUAUAGUUUGUUCUUGGAAAUCAGCGCUGUUUUUUUCUUUUCUAAUUUUAAAAAGAAAUAUUCCCCGGUCACAACUUACAGUCACAACAAUGGCUGGGUUUCUAGGUGUUUCUCUUUUCAUGUAACUUGAAUAUUUAAUGAAUAGCAAAAAAAAAAAAAUUAUAUA